ACAUGGUUGUCGCAUAGUGCCAAAUCAUUCAAUCACUUGAUAACUAAGAUCCUUAAUCAAUCAUCUGCCGUUGGAAAAAAAAAAUAUGGAUCACUCUCUCCUCUCAUCCUUCAUCUUCACCUUCUUAUUUUCGGCACUCUUGAUCUCACCUUCCUCCUCUGAGAAAUGCAACCCGAGUGACAAGAAAGUCCUCCUAGAAAUCAAGGCGGCUUUUGGCAACCCCUACAUCCUGGCCUCGUGGAAGAACGACACUGACUGCUGUAGCUGGUACAACGUCAAAUGCAACUCCACCACCCACCGCAUCUACCAGCUCACUAUCUUCGAUGGCGAGCUCUCAGGCCAGAUCCCUGCCGCUAUUGGAAAUCUACCCUACCUCGAGAUGGUGGAUCUCAACAACUUAUCCAAUGUCACUGGCCCGAUCCCGUCGGCCUUAGGCAAGCUGAAGAGGCUCACAUUCCUGAGGCUGAACUACCUGAACCUCACCGGCUCGAUCCCAAGUGCCCUAGGCCAGCUCAACGAGCUCACGCUCCUAUAUUUGAACAGUAACAAACUCACUGGAAGCAUUCCGUCACAGUUAACGCAGCUCACUAAUUUGAACGCAUUGAAUCUGAGUUCCAACCAGCUGUGUGGACAAAUCCCGGUGGGUGGCAAGCUUCAGAGCUUCGAUGCCUCUUCCUAUGCCGAUAACAAGUGCUUGUGUGGAGCUCCGCUCGACAGCUGCAAGUGAUGCUCAUUGAUCAAUGAAUUAUAGAAGAGUCUGCACUUUCUGGAUGCCAUUAGUAGUUGGUCAAUAAAUGAAAGCGGUGUAGGAUCCUAAGAAGUGCUUUAUAUUGUCAAACCUGUUGCAAUAUUUAAUAAAUAAAAUGAACAAAAGUUCAUACUCGGAAUAUAUAAUUACUAUUACUUAAUUAUAUUUUUUUCUUCGUA